AUGCCUUCAAUACUGACUGAAGAUGACAAGGAGAUGGUCAAGCGGCAGGUUCCAAAGGCUUCGAACAAGAUCCAGGCUGUGGCCGUUGCCCGACUCUAUGUUGCGUAUCCCAAUCGAAGCAAAUGGACCUACACUGGCUUGCAAGGGGCCGCGGUGCUUGCGAAUGAUCUGGUGGGAAAUACAUACUGGCUGAAGAUGGUAGAUAUCUCCCCUGCCGGUCGAGGAGUAAUAUGGGAUCAGGAAAUCUACGAUACAUGGAGCUACAAUCAGGAUAGGACGUUCUUUCAUACAUUUGAGACCGAGGAUUGUCUCGUCGGGCUAUCAUUCGUGGAUGAGAAGGAAGCGAAGACGUUCCUGAAGAAGAUGAACGAUAGGGAGAAGAAUGCUAGUAAGGCAACACGGGCAAACGCAUUUGGCGGGUCAGGGCAGCAACAUGGCGGCCACAGACACGGGCGGUUGGGUAGCUUCUUUGGUAGCCACCGAAAUACUUCAGCGCCGUCUAUACAAACUCCGCCGGACUCGCCAAGUUAUGCUCUUCCGCCUUCAGGAAACCACCGGAUGUCUGGGGGAAGUUUUAAAGGUGGAAAUUCUGAGUUUUCUGCGCUGGACGCCAUCGACCCGAACUGGAGAGAAACCUGGGGUGAUGAUUUGAAACAAAUGGGCAUUACAGAUGACCUGAUUCGGGACAACCAGGAAUUUAUUGCGGAUUACAUCAGGCAGCAGCAAGCAGCACAAUCUGUCUCUUCGCCGGCCAAUGGCGUUGAGAAUCAGAGGGUUAAGGCGCCUCCCCCACCCCCGCCUGCUGCGGCAUCAAGGACACGAUCAGAGAGUCCUCAAAGUGCUCCUACAGGACGUGGACGAGGAGCUCCUCCAGCGCCUCCGCCAGCUCGAAGGUCUGUUGCAAAAGUUGAACCUCAUCGAGAACCAACCCCUCCAAGAGAGCCAUCCCCACCUAGAGGUCCUCCUCCGCCCAGAUUUGCAGCCCCACCUCCUUUCGAAGGAGCAGGGAAAUUCGCCGUCAAGCCAAACCAGACUCCGGCACGAGGUCAUGCUCCAACUCUUUCCAACCCUGGACCACCUCCUCCCCCAAGGCCGCCAAAAACCCCAAAUGAUGAUGGGUACGAGCCAGGAGAGAGCGGCUCGAAGUUCGGCGUCCCUCCUCCUUUUAUGGGACAACGAAAUACUGCACCACCUCCAACACCAAGCCGAGGCGCAGUUCCACCCCCUCCUCCCUCCAGGGAAACUUCACAAUCUCAUACUCAUUCCGUCCCACCAACAAAUGGAAUCGCUCCCCCUCCAUUACCUCCAAAGACACCAUCAGCGCCAACUUCUCAGGCUCCACCUCUACCCCCUAGCUCGUCACGUCCUCCUGUUUCUUCAUUGCCUCCUCGCACAGAGCUUCCCCCUGCUUCAUCACUACCCCCAUCUUCUCGUCCUGUUCCACCUCCUCCAGCGAGAGACAGCGGGCCUCAACCUCCGCCCUUACCUCGAUCAAACGCACCUCCUCUGCCUCAAUCAAGUGCGCCUACGCCACCCCCUUUGCCUCAAUCGAAUGCUCCUCCCCCACCUCCUCUACCUCAAUCGAACGCCCCGCCACCUCCCCCAAUGCCUUCUAUUGGUGGACCUCCUCCCCCACCUCCACCGCCUCCUGGAGGGUUUGGUGGACCACCCGCUCCCCCGCCACCCCCACCAAACCGCGAUUCCGGCUAUCAAUCCGGAGUUCCUGCUUUACCACAACCUUCCGGCGGUCGGUCAGAUCUGUUAGCUGGUAUUCAGAAGGCUGGUGGUAUCGGUGCGCUUAAGAAGGUUGAUCGAAGCUUAGUCCGAGACCGAAGUGGAGCACUUGUUCCUGGAGGAGCAGACACUGGGCCUGCAGGAAGCGGAUUACCUCCUGCCGGAGCAACUUCUGGUGAAGGAGGAUUAGCGAAUGCAUUAGCUGACGCUUUAGAAAAACGGAAGAAGAAAGUUAGCACAAGUGAUGAUGAAGCAGAAGAUGACGAUUGGGACUGA